AUGGCCCCUUCGGAAAUUCAUCACACUCCCAACAUGUCAAGAAACAGAAGAAUGAAAAGCCAAGACGAGAAAUACGCUCGGGAGUUAGCUUGUGACUACAUUUACUACAACAAGCUCGGAAAGGAGGCUUAUAAAUCGAAAACCAACGCUGCUGCUACACUUCGAAGAAUCGGCAGAGAAGUCGAAACAAGACACGAAAUGGUACUGAAAAACAUGUGUGAUAAACUUGAUAUUAGAACUUCAACGGCUGAAAACACAUUCAGGACAGUAGCAGAUGAAAUUUUUGUCUCGGGAAUAAACUGGGGACGUAUUGUAGUGCUGUACUGCUUCGCUGCCGAAGUUGCCGUGUUCUGUAGUCAACAUGAGAUUGAUAUAGUUGAAGAUGUAGUCACUUGGCUUUCAGAGUAUGUGAGUGAAAGAACAUUAGCCGAAUGGAUAAAGAAAUCUGGUGGAUGGGUAAGUUGACGAGUAUUUUCUUCUCACUAUUUAAAAUUUUACGCUAGUAGAAUCGAAACUACGUCAAAAGGAAAUGGUUCAUGAAUUGAAUGACUGUAAAACUAUAUUUUCUCUGCCAAAAGUGUUCCUUUCUCCACGUCUUCGUUCUAAAUGUGAAAUGAAAAAGUUUUGAUAUCACGAAAAGGGAAGAACUGAUAGUAAAUUUUGUUUUCCCACGGGAAGUUCUAAUAAAGGCGCAGUUCUUUGAAGCUUCGAACUGACGCUCAUUUAAAUUAUUCAUGAACCCAGCUGGUUCUCCAACAUCCUGGCGAUUGAGUCAUUUGGGUUUUCCAUUGAUAAUAAUUUCAAAAUACAUAUGCUAAAGAAAUCUUUAGUGUGAAAGGAUCCCCUAGAGAGUUUUGAGCGGCUUUUUUUUUCGAUCAAGAAUGCGUACAAUUUUGCGCUCACAAAAGAGUUUGGCGUAAAUAUUGACCAAAAUGUUUUGAAUAUUCACCAUAUGUCAUUGUCAUUCAAAGUCGUUUACCACAUUUCUGUAGUAAGAUUCUUCGGACCGAUAAGCCGCACAAAAGCGCAACUGAAGGGAGAAAGAAGUUUGAGGGCGGUCCAACAUUUUUGCAUUCAUUUCUGACCAAAAAAGGUGUACUUUGGAUUCGACUCUGACAAAUGAUUCACGUGAAAGACAAUCCCUUCCGGUCUGAGAUCACGUUUUGGCGUAGUUUCGGACUGUUGUCAUAAAGGCUUUGGUGUUUAUGUCGCCGGAGGAGACAGCAUUCAACAGUUUGGAAAACAUUUUUCACUGAACAGUCAUUCUCCACGAGAGGUUGGGAAUCUUGAGACUGCAAAAGCUUAUUUCCGUUGUCGUAGGAAACCCCAUAUUUUGCAUACCUUCUCUAAUGGUCUUUUGUAUUGGUCCGUGAGAAGUAUGCAAAUCUACAUGCUUCCUUGUAAAAUUCCCAGAAGGAUCAAGGAAACCCCUUUGUUAAUAACAUUCCAUGGUAUCAUUGAAGCAUAGCUGAAAAUAUUAGCUUAGUUAUUCAGCAAAAACUUUUCGAGAUUUUCUGUAAUAUCUGUAAUAUUGUGAUAAGAUUUACAAAGGAUUUAAGUAUUGCUGAAGAUGUGGUGCUCAUUGAUACUUGGUGUCAUAGUGUCAUAAAGUUAAUCAUGUUCCGUUUUCUUGGAAAGGGGGACUUUGUUGAAACUUGUCCUUACCAAGCACAAUAAACAGUCAUCCAAAAUAUGUGCCCUCUGUUGCCUUUAAUUAAUGUGGAAUUUUCACUUAUUUACAGGAGGCAUUUUGUGAACAAUUCAAAGAUAUUCAUGGCGAAACAGAGAAAUUUUGGUGGAACAGCAUCUUUUAUACAACUAUUGGCCUAGGUACGAUAGCUGCAAUGUUGUACGUCAAAAGCUAG